AUUACCUAAACCAAGGGAAACCUCCUCCUCCUCUUCUUUGUAAAUCUAUGAAAACAUUUCCUUCUUUGUUUUUCUCUCGCUGAUGAUUAUUCUGGAUCGUCCGAUUAUAGUCCAGAGCCCUGAGAUGGUUUCCAAGAUUAUCAAGAGAACUCCGCCGCGGUCCAUCAAACGCCACCGUCUUAACCACUGCCGGAGAAAGACUUCUCCGGCGAAGAAGAAUGCCUCGUUCUCCGUCAUUGCCUCCAUAAACAAAUCCAUCAAGACGUGCCAUCGCCGCCUUGUGAGGCUUUUCUCAAAGUUAGCCCACAUAGCAACCCCUUCUACCACCAAACGCCGCCACAAGGGCUUCAAACUCCUAAAACAAGAAGAAGAAUUUGAUGAAUUCGAAAGCAAUUUCAUUGUUCCUCGUGCCCUUGAAUUCGACCGCUGCUUGCUUCCACCGUUGAUCUCGGAGACGAAAAGAACUAUCUUUCUUGAUCUUGACGAGACCUUGGUGCAUUCAAGCCCUGACCCACCUCCCAAAAUGUAUGAUUUUUUAGUAAGGCCGCACAUUGAAGGUCAAUUUAUGAAUUUUUACGUAUUGAAACGACCCGGCGUCGAUCGUUUCUUGGAAGAAAUCAGCAAGAAAUACGAGGUGGUGGUGUUCACGGCAGGCCUCAAGCAAUAUGCUUCUCAGGUUUUGGAUAAGCUUGAUCCUAAGGGGUUAAUAUCGUACCGGCUUUAUCGGGAUUCGUGCAAGCAAGUGGAAGGGAAGUUUGUUAAAGACUUGUCUGAAAUGGGGAGGGAUUUGGGGAAAGUUGUGAUCGUUGAUGAUAACCCGAAUGCUUACUCUUUGCAGCCUGAGAAUGCUGUCCCCAUACGGCCGUUUGUGGAGGACGGUGAGGAUAGGGAGCUGGAGAAGUUGGUGAAAUUUUUUGAGUGGUGUGAACGGUUUGAGGAUAUGAGGGUGGCGGUCAAGCAGUAUUUUAGUGGUGGUGGUGGUAGCGGUGGCGGCAGCACUGGUGGUGCAGAGGAUCAUGGCUUUGUGCAGUUGGACUUAUGAUGCUUACUUUGUUUAAUGUGGUUCAAUUUGUUCUCUUCUGAUUUGUUGUAAUUGUGUUUGAACAAUAGAUUUUGCUCAAAUUAGAAAAUGAAAAGGUAAGAUAAUGCAUUUUUUUGUUCAAAUUCCACUUA